AUGAAAGCCAAAGAUAAUCAGUUGAACAAUGAUGAAGAAAACAAGUGGAAUUAUGUGAAGAUCCAUAACAAGCCACACAAGACAUCAAAGGAUGCCUUCCAAGGUAUUAAUUCUACCUAUUUGAGCAACUCGCUAAUGGGUGAACCUUACAUUGAUGAAUAUGAUGCAGACAUAUUGUCUAACACCAGUAGUGAUGAUUCUGUUGACUACACUUACAAGAACAAUGAUAACCCUUUUUCGCUCCCUGAAGAAUAUGAGCCCAAAGGUAAAUCAAAAUCAAAACAAAAGAAAGGGAAGAGACAAUAUGCUGAGAAUGUAAACUCUUUUGAUUGGAAUGUUCAUGAUGAUAAUGGUACUGAUUCUGUUUCCACUAUAACAGGUUCUAAGCAGAAGAAUGAAAAUUUUACUGUAGAUAGUUCCUAUGUACCACGACCACUAGUAUCUACGUCAGCAUCUGUUUCGACACCCGUGCCUGCACCUUCACCAACACCAGCUACCAAAUAUACUAAGCACAAACCUGAAUGGACUGAGGAAUCAUUGAAGAUGAAAAAGAAACAGUUACCAUUAUAUAAUGAGAGGGGAACUUCAUAUAAGACAUCCACGGUAAUCAUUUUAACUUCAAUCAUCUCAAUUUUAUUGUGUCUCGGUGGACAAAGACUAUAUAUGAAUUAUUAUCAUUCACGCAUUACAAAUAAUAGGUUUUAUGACAGUAUUGAUCUAAGAAAUUAUGAAUCUUCAAUGCAUGACGUCCCUCAUUGGAGUCCCAGUGGCAAGUUUUAUGUUGAUUUUGAUCAACAUGUAGCUUAUCCAAUAAAGGGUAAUGAUUUAAUCGGUUGGAGGAAGUACAAAACUGAUGCAAAGAUAUUCUGGCAUAGAACUAAAAACACUUUAGAAAGCAACCGUAGGUUGCAAGGUAGUGUUCUUCAUUGUAAAGUAAUUUCAAAACUGGCCUGGAAUAAUGUAAAGUUUGCUUCCAAAAAGAUUCAUAAAGGAUUAGUUGUCACCUUCUCUAAUUCUAAGAAAAUAGGUUCUAUUUUAUGUUACAAAUACCAAACAGGCCUUCCCUAUGUGAAGAAAACUUUAAUUCAAUUUCAAAAACAUAUCAAACACUCUGUCCUUAUUUCAUUGAAACAGACUAAACGUGCUUCAGCAUAUCUUUUAAGGGAUUUUUCCAUUUCUCAGUUAUUUAAUAAAGUUUGCUGUAAUACAGAGUCGUCUUGGGACAGGAUCAAGACAUUCUGUAGAUUUUAG